GUAAAUAAUAAUAGAGAACUCAACACAUGUGAAGACAGAAAUAUUAAUAAAAUAAUGAAAAAGUCUAAUAAACAAGGAAGUAUGCUUAGAAUUAAGCAGUUCAGUGAAUCUGAGAGUGACGGAGAACAGGAUAAUAAUGAAGUCAUUGAAGAUCAAGCUGAAAAUUCGAUAGAAAAUGAAGAAAUGGAUCAAACAUCAGAUGUUGAAGAACAUCCAGAAGAACCAACAACCAGCACAACAGAUAAAAAACAGAAAAAUACUCGAAAGAAAGGAAUAAUUUACAUAGGAAAUAUCCCACAGCAUAUGAAUGUAGCAAUUUGUCGAGAAUUUAUGGAACCGUUUGGUGAAGUUGGUCGAAUAUUUUUACAGCCAGACAAAAAAGGAAUGACAAAGAAAGCAAACAAUAAGAAGAAGAAUGUAACAUUCACAGAAGGUUGGGUGGAAUUUGAGAAGAAAAGAGUUGCAAAAUGGGUAGCACAACAUAUCAACAACACACCGAUUACGACUAAGAAAGGAUCAAAAUUCAGUGAUAUCUUGUGGAGCAUAAAGUACCUUGCUGGAUUCAAAUGGAUUCAUCUUAGCGAAAGACUGACAUUCGAGCGAGCAGUCCAACAUCAAAGAAAACAAAUGGCCAUUAGUAAAGCUCGAAAAGAAGCCAGCUUCUUCCAAAAUAAUCUCGACAAGAGCGAGAGAUCUGGGAAAAUUAGAAAAAAGAAUUCCAAGACAAGUAAAUAAAAAAUUGUUUUUAUGUUUAUUUUCACAUAAACAAAGAGCGAAGAUUGAAGAAUUGAGCCUGCAUAUUCCUUAAAUUUGUUUAUUAUUGCUUCUUAAGUUAGUCUCUCACAUUUCAGGUAGAUUCGAUUUACAGAGGUUUAAAUGGGAAUGUCGAG